CUCAAACUUAAACCGAACUGGAACGUCAUCAUCUGAAGACUCGUAUUAUAUCUGAUCAUCCCUUGUGAAGUGGCUUUUGUUAAAUAAUCCUUAGAAUCCUUCAAAUCAACAUCUCAUCAACUAGCAUCAUGGCGAAAUCAGUUCCAAUACCGUUCAGCGACCCUCCAUAUCUCAUGGGAUUGCCUUCAGCGUACUACAAUGAAUCGCAUAGGAAAUGGCAAAAGACAUGUCGAGCAUUGGCGGAAGAACUUCUCGUUCCAUAUGUCACUGAAUGGGAAGCAGCUGGUGAUGUCCCAGAGGAUCUAUACUCUAAAUUCACAGCCGCAAACUUCUUGAUACCCAAUCUCUCAGCCCCACUACCAGUCAAAUGGCUCAAGAGACUUGGUAUCCAUGAACUUCCCGGUGGUUUGAAAGUCGAGGAUUUCGAUUACCUCCACACUCUCAUCUACGUCGACGAGCUUGCUCGUUCCGGCUCCCUUGGUCCAUCAGGUGCUGUUACUGUAGGCAUGGCAUUUGGUCUCCCUCCAAUUCUGAAAUUCGGGUCUCAAGCACUACAAGAGAAAUUCCUUCCUGAGCUCCUGACCGGCAAGAAGAGAAUCUGUAUCGCUGUCACUGAGCCAAGUGCCGGAAGCGAUGUUGCCAAUAUUGCUACUACGGCGACAAAAUCCAAGGAUGGGAAACACUAUAUCGUCAAUGGAACAAAGAAAUGGAUCACUAAUGGAAUUUGGUCACAUUAUGCCAGUAUGGCUGUUCGGACUGGUGGUGAAGGAGCAGCGGGACUCUCUAUGCUCGUUGUACCACUCCUUGAUACUCCAGGCGUGAGCAUGCGGCGCAUCAAAGUUGGAGGUCAGGUUACUUCCGGAACGACAUUUAUCGAGCUUGACGAUGUGAAAGUUCCGGUUGAGAACCUGAUCGGUCAGGAAGGGCAGGGCAUGCGCUUCAUUAUGCAGAACUUCAACCACGAGAGACUCACGAUUUCGAUAUCGGUGAACAGAAUCUCGAGGGUGGCGUUGAGUGAUGCGUUUGAUUACUGUAUGAAAAGAGAGGCGUUCGGCAAGACUCUGAUGGAUCAGCCGGUUGUUAGACAUCGAUUGGCCAAGUGUGGUGCUGACUUGGAGGCGCACUGGGCUUGGAUCGAACAUUAUACGUAUUGUAUGACCAAGUUGAGUGAGGCGGACGCAAAUAGAGAGCUGGGAGGUUUGACUGCGCUGGCGAAGGCACAGGCUGGCAGAGUGCUGGAACUAGUUGCUAGUACGGCAGUCUUACUGCACGGUGGUAAUGGAUAUACCAAAAGUGGACAGGGAGAGGUUGCUGAGAGAAUUUUCCGAGAGAUUCCAGGCGCGAGGAUUCCUGGUGGUAGUGAAGAUUUAAUGCUGGAUUUGGCUGUGAGACAGCUAGUGAAGAAUUUCCAGAAGAAAAAGAAGGACCUGGAGGCGGAAAUGGAAAGACCUGCUGGGUCUUCAAAGCUAUAGAAUGUAAUCUAAAGAGAGUAUUGGUAUGAUCCUGUGGUCAUUUAAUGUCAUGGCCGUUUGUAUCUUGGCUAUACAGAUGAUUUGAAGUGAGCAAA